AUGAAGACACUGGCUCAAUAUCCGAGGUACUCGAAUAUUGAGCAGGGAAAAUCCGAGUGGAACCCCAGAAACAUGAUGGUGGACUUCUCACUGGCAGAAAUUUCCGCGAUUGAAGAGUGUUUUCCUAAAACGCAUGUCCACGUGUGCGAUUUUCACCGCGAAAAAGCCUGGGGUGAAUGGUUAUCUAAAAGUAGUAAUGGUGUGAGUAUGUAUAAAGAUGAAGUGUUGAGGCACUUGCGAAACAUCGCCCAGAGUGAAAACCAAGCCACUCUUGAUGAGAACAUCCAGGCACUCAAAAAAAGCAGGCCAUGGAAGGAAUCAGUCCAACUACAAAACUAUUUUUUAGACUUUUGGGGUUUAUACUUAGAGAAAUGGGUUCGCUUUUUUCGAGAUGAACAUCUUCGUAUUGCAAUUUAUACAAACAAUGGUAUCGAAAGACAAAAUAACUGGCUCAAGCACUCAUAUCUCGAAAGUAGACGAAAUAACUCGGUGUCUGAUCUGGUUGACGUAAUAAUCAACCAUUUUUUACCUGAUAGUUACAAGAAAUACAAAGAGCAAAACAUUCGAUGUACGUCAUCAUAUCGAGGCUACGAUGAUCGUGUUCCAAAGUAUCUCCACGACCGACCCAGAGGUGUUGUUCAACAUAUCAUCAGUAGAAUCGACUCUGGCAUCCAGAUUUCAAACAUUAAAAAAGAGACUCCAAAGCUUUUCAUCGUACAAGGAGCAGAAUGCGCAUACCAAGUAAGGCUUGGCUCAGACGAAGAGUUACCAUCGUGUCAGUGUCUCGACUUUCGAACAAAGAAACUUCUCUGCAAGCACAUAUGCGCAGUUGUUCAACAGCCAGACAUAGGGUGGGAAUCAUUGGGCAGAAAAUUCGACAAGUACCCCCUGUUUACUUUGGAUAAAGUGAUAACUCAACGGUCUUCCUCUUCCGCUACAAAACCAUCGUCAAAUUCAGAAUACACACCUGAGCAACACAUAAUAGAGAAAAAGGAUAGUGAUCAGGUAAUACAUGUCAGCAAAUCAAAUAAUAGAAACCUUUCUUACCGGAGAAAGUCUAACAUACGUAAGCAAUGCAUCCAAUCAUUGAAGAGUCUUCAAGAUGAACUGUAUGUGGUUACAGAUAGGAACGUUCUGAGUAAAGCCCUGGUUAUGCUUGACGAAAUAAUUGCGUACACAAGGAAGAAUCAUCCUAAUGAAGAGGGUGUAUCGUUGAAAGACAAGUCUUUGUCACCUAAAAAACAGGUGAUAAAAACACAGGCUCAAAAGCAGACAAAAACUCGCCAGUUAAAGCAGAGAGCGAAAAAAUUAGUAAAAGAGUUGGUGCAGUUGCUGAAGCUAGGAGCAAAACAAUUCUAA